UGCAUUGCAGCCCCAGGUCUUUUACGACCUACUUACGAAUUGGACACUGAAGCUCUCGGUGUCCUCGACCGAACGCGUACUACACUACUGCUUAUGAGAGUUCGAUUAAAAUUCCGAAAUAUAUUUUACCCUCAUGAGCUUCAAUCGAGGGAUGUUAAACUGAUUGAGCUACUACUAGCGGCUUCGGAUCUCUUCAAGGUCGAUCUAUCAAAUGUUCAGUUGAGUUUAAAUGCUAAUGACUACUUUGGUAUUGAUGAAUCCGACACACCCAUUUCCCAAUUGGGAAUCGUUAGCGGCGACAUCGUCUAUGUCAAGUCUCUGGAAGCGCUUGAUGACAUCGCUCGGUCUAUGGAGCUCGAGAUUGCCAACUCCAUCCAUUCCUUGUACAAAACCUUGAACACUGUUCCUCGCACCACAAUCUUUCUCUACGCCAUUCCGGUGUACCUAUGUGCGACAACUAAGAAACUCAAGGGUGUCCGUGAUUUUAUUGAUGAUUUGUCCACUUCAAAGGACAUUACUCGGUUACAUUUUGAAUAUGGAUCCACACCUUUGACGCACAUUACCUUCACCCUAUACACAACUGGGAACGUAUUUUCGGUGGCCAUUAGCACCAAAGAAUUCGAUUUGGCGAAACAGUUGAGUUUUCCCAUUCGUGAUCAUCUAAUCGCUUCCGAAGUCACCAGCAACCGAGAUUUCGUUCCACAUCCAAGUGUCGUCUAUCGACAUUUACUAUUGCUCACUAAUCGAAUCAAAGACGAAUUGAUUGAACCUAUUUUAGUGGACGUGCACUCUCUCUGUGGGUUGCCUGAGCGACUUAUGCUCUCCACGCUGCCACCGGAAGUCCUGCAUCGUAUUCUGCUUUGGGUACCACUUCACUCGCUGGGCAAGUUGAUGUCUUGCAAUUCCGAGCUGUAUCGGCACAUCAAGUCGUUUUCCGCAGUCUGGCGAAUGCAUUUGGCCCGCUUGAAUGCGAAGAAGGAGCCUUUGUUGAACGCAGCGUUAACAAGGCAACUGCACCAAUUGCGAAAACCAUCCCCGCCAGCAUUGUCAUCGCCCGCUCAGCCACAUCGCAUUGACUCGGACGUAACCGCUUCACCCGCUCCCGAUACAAAGGCAGAAGAGCCAAACAAUGAAGAGGAUAGCUUAGCCGAAUUACCUGAGCAGGACACCACUCAAUCUUACCAUCGCUUUGUGGCUCGUUAUCGGAGUCUACAGAUGCAGAGGAGAAGUCGCGGUUUGAGUCCUGUCUUCAUUUAAAACAAAGUACCUGCGGCGUUCCUCCUUUUCUUACUUAUAUUGGCUAUUGCAUUCAGUCAUCUUGCACGCCUUCCCUUUGGCUUCAUCGCUUACCUGGUGGGUGCUAGUGAUCCAGUGUUCGUGCGACGACCGAGUACCCUUCGGUAUAAUUCUGUCCUUCCGCAUACUCUCUACAACUUAACGCGUGGCUGUUGAUCUACUGCUCCCCAACGUCCCUGUGUAUCCCCCCAUCCAACUCCUUCAAGUAACUUAUCAGCUAUCUAUCCUCACCAUCGGUUCAUCAGUUUCGGAAACCAUCAUGGUUUUCCUCAACUCUUGAGGCCAUUGACUCCGGAGCAUGAAUACAUGUUCACUUGACCGCA